CAGGCUGCUUGCAGAAGCAGGUCAGGCGUCAUCGCCAGUAGCGUUGUCCCGCCCCGAGAGUUUCUUCUGCUCCUGUUAACACGACCAGGGACUGCCAUUUCGAAUUAUAUCCCCGUGCUACUCAUCUGACUGAUUCCGAAGAACCCUUUUCAAAAAGAACAAUCUUCGGAGUCGUUUUCUGUCAUGGUAAUUCUAUCUAAGCUGAUGUCGAAAUGAGAAUGAUGUAAAACUCCAAGAUGAGCACCAGGACGAUCAAUUAUUCAAAUUGAAAUAAAUGGAAGCUUCAGUUAUCUUUCUGUAUCCCUACCAAUAGGGUUCUUGCUGUCCACCAGUCAGUGACGAGCGUUUGGUACCAAAGAAAACCAGGCACUAGAGGAACGCAUGAAGGACCACACGACAACUGUUUCGCCCAGGAUGCUCAAGGAGGACUUCAGCGCUACGAAGAACGACGGAGACGUCGGACAGGAGCUGUUGCACGACGACCCAAUCAUGCAACAAGAUGAACUUCUACAACAAGAGGAGCAAGAAGACGUGUCGGACAUUGGAAUCCGCGAUUUGCUACAUUGGGUUACCCCCAAGGAGAAGCGGGCCUACUACUUCGGGAGCGUGAAUGCGGUGUUUUUCGGGUUUCUGCAACCCGCGAUGGUGUACUACCUGGGCGAGGUGUUCGACGUGGCCGCGCAGCGGUAUGGCGUUCUCAAACGUUCUGAACUGUUGCAUGAAUUUGUAAUGCAAGAAGAGGAAUAGCUAUAGCACAGGACAGGUGAGAGCGAGAACCUUGCGCGUCUUGCAUUACAGAUUUGGUGCGGAUUCUAGUGCUAUUUAGCCCUCCGACAAUUUGCCAUGCGAAGCAGCUUGAUCGUGUGGUGGCUCAUGGUCAUUUUGCAUGACAAACCAUGUAACAGCUGAGAAUGUAACAUUUGAGAACGCCAUAAGCGGGACCCGAACGACACUAAGGCGUUUGCGGAUAAGAUUCAGGAGAUUUUAUGGAUUUGGGGGGUGAUCUCGGUGCUGAACUGGGUCACCGCGCAGUUCUACAUGUGGAGCUUCGAGUAUGCAAGAAACAAACCGUGUAAGUGUAAAUUUGUGUUGCAGAGGAAGCAAGACACCUAGACUUGUCAUGCUGAAGAUGCGUCAGAGUUUCUUCUCGUUAAGUGUUUUCACGCACUAGCUACGCAUGAGAGGUUUUCUCUGUCACGCAGAGGAAAUUUGUGAUGCUGCUCCUCCAAGAAAGUUACACUUACACACUUUUUUUCCUGGAUAUCGAGUGGGCGGUGGCCAACCAGCUGUACACGAUUCGGAAGGAGUACUUCGAGAAGGUUCUCUACCACGAUUGCGAGUGGUUCGACGCGAAGGACCCGCUGACCGUCCCCUCCCGGCUGAUGGUCGACAUCCGGAAGAUCAAGGAGGCGCUGGGCUCGAAGAUGGCCAUGGCGAUCAUGAACGUCGCCCAGUUUUUCGCGGGCGUGUUCUUCGGGUUCAUCGUGAACGCGGAGUUAACCGCCGUGUGCUGCAUUCUGUUACCUCUAAUGGUGUACGCGACCUAUUUAUUCGCCACAGCCUUAACCGGCUACUCGCAGUGGAUGGCCAAGUACUACAUCAAGUCCGGCGCCGUGGCGGACGAGAUCUUCGCGAACGUGAAGACCGUCGUGGCGAACAAUGCGGAAGCGCGAGAAUUACAGCGGUACGAGGACCUGUUAAAGCCCGCGCGGGUCGGGAAGGCGCGGGUGGCGGUGCGGGUCGGCUUCCAGCUUGGCUGCAUGGACGCGUGCUGCUUUCUCGUGUACGCUUUGUGCUUCUGGUACGGCUCGCGGGUGAUCGCGGACGACGGGAAAAAUGAGUUUGACAACUCCACGUUAGAUGGCUCCGACGUGAUGAAGGUGGUGUUCAACCUGGUCAUCGGCGCCUUUGGUUUGGGGCAGGUCGCGCCGGCGAUCCAGGCCUACGCCGAGGCGAAGCCGGCCUUGAAGAACAUGAAAAAGCUAAGGGAGGAAUGGGAAUGGAAGAUGAGGCACAAGAGAAACGCGACGCCCAGUUGUAUUGGUAUUGCGGGGAAUGGAAGAAAAGGUGCAACCGCAUCAAGCAGUUAUACCAUGACAACGGGCGGUGACAUCGUCGCAAAAGCUGUCAGCUUCCAGUACCCCACACGGCUGGACGCCCCGAAGGUUUUGAGCAAUGUGAAUUUCGAGAUCAAAGCCGGAUCGAAGGUGGCCUUCGUCGGCGAGUCCGGGAGUGGGAAAUCCACGAUUAUCCAGCUUUUGGAACGGUUCUACGACAUCGGAGAGGUUGUUGAUGCCGUGGUUGAUCCUGCUCUUGCCGCUGGCGGUCAACAAGGUACCAGUCUUGCAUCCUCCUCUCUGUCCAUCGGGGGCAUCGAGUUGAAGGAUAUGAGCAUGAAAGAAUUGCGGAAGCAGAUUGGCUAUGUGCAGCAAGAGCCGGUGCUGUUCGAAUGCAGUUUGCGGGAAAACCUGCUGUCCGGUUUGGAAAACGAGGACGAGUUUGGAAAUACCCAGACCACUACGAACGUGACCGAAGCGGACCUGAUUUUCGCGUGCAAGCAGGCCCAAAUCUGGGACCUGAUUCAAACCUUCCCCGACAAACUCGACACUUUGCCCGGCCAGGGCGGCAGCCAGCUGUCCGGUGGCCAGAAGCAGCGCAUCGCGAUUGCCCGGGCGCUGGUGCGGAAGCCGAAGAUUCUGCUGCUGGACGAAGCGACCUCGGCACUGGACUACGCGAGCGAGAAAGAAGUGCAGCGGGUCAUUGACCAAAUCGGGACUACAAGAACUUCUUCCACAACAAAUUCCGCCGAAAGCCAUAAGAUGACGGUCGUCAUUGUCGCGCACAGAUUGUCCACGGUGCGGAACUGCGACAAGAUUUUUUUCCUGAAUCGGGGCGAAAUUCUGGAAACCGGCACGCAUGAGGAGUUGCUUGCUUUGAAGGGAGGCUACUUCAAACUGGUCGAAACGCAAGCCAUGUACGAUGCCUUGCAGGAGAGGAGCGGCUCGAAGAUGCUGAUGAACAACACGAUAACUAUCGGUGGUCAACAAGAAAACGAACUCGACGUAGAAGUUCCUAGGGUCGAAGAAACCACUGCAACUACGAAUUAUGUCAACACCGAUGGCGCAGGCGCAACGACCAACCCGCUUAGUACGAGCUCCCACGACCAGGCCGCCCUCGAGAACCGUUCGAACUCGAAGGAUUCGAAGCGAUCGACCUCUUCGAAGGACAAAACGACGUCGAAAGAUGAAAAAGAUGGCGAGCUUGCGGCGAUCGUGCCCUCGGUUUUGAAAUCGGCGGAGGAAAAGGAGGCGGAACGGAUCGAAGAAAUCGCGAAGAGUUACCAGCUCCCACUGAAAAGGCUGCUACAGCUGAACACCGCGUCCGAGCUGAUGUUCUACCCGCUGGGGUUCAUGUUUUCGCUGAUUAACGGGUCAAUGCAGCCGACCAUGAUGUGGAUCAUGAUGGACGCGGUGGAGUACUUGUACUACGAGGACAAGGCGAAGAUGCAGGACGGCGUCAACGAGUUUUGUCUCAAAGCCGUCGGGUUGGCCGUGUGUUUGCAGUUGGGCUUCACCUGCAGCAACGCGUGCUACGGGUACGUGGGCAGCUGGAUGACCUACCGGGCCCGGAUUCUGAUCUUCAAGACCUAUUUACAGCAGGACAUGUCCUUUUUCGACAUGCCGGAGAACUCCUCCGGCCGGUUGACCGCUUUGUUGGAGAAACAAUCUGCGGAUCUCGGCUUUCUGUCGGGCGAGGCGUUCGGGUCCCGCUGCGAGAUGCUUUCGUCCAUCACCCUCGGCUUGACCUUCGCCUUUUUCGCGAGCUGGAAGCUCGCGCUGGUGGUGCUCGCGGUGCUGCCGCUGUUGAUGGCGAGCAUGAUGCUGAUGAUGGUGGCUUUUCUAGGUUCCAUGGAAACCGUCACGACGGACUCCCCCGAGGUGGUGGCGUCCGGGAACGUGAUCGCCGAAGCGGUGCUGAACAUCAAAACGGUGAAGGCCUUGACCGCCGAGGGGACCUUUUUGUCGAAGUUUGACAAGAUGGUGUUCGCGAUCUCCGAGAAGGAGCGGAAGAAGGCCUUUUGGACGGGUUUGGCGUUCGGGUUCUCCAACGGCAUCAUGGGGCUGGUGUUUAUCCUCAGCUUCUGGUACGGGGCCGAGCUCGUGAAGGACGAGGGAUUGAGUCCAACCGACAUGUUCAAAGCGGUGAUGUGCAUCUUCUUCGCCGGCAUGGCCGCCGGGCAGGCCGCCGCCACCGUGCCCAACACGGCGCGCGCGCUCGCCGCGGCCCACGACAUCUUCGCGCUGGUGGACCGGGUGCCCCUCAUUGACAACACGGAGGAGGGCAACAGUCGGAAGUACGAGUUGGUUCCGACAAGCAGCGAAUCUUCCAAGCCGUUUGACGCUGUGCGGUUCGAAAAGAAUGUUCAGUUUGCGUACCCGCAAAGGCCGGAGCUGACGAUCCUGGAUUUAGCGCAGAACAGCACGGAGAUGGUGUUCGCGUACGGAAAGUCGAUCGCCUUGGCGGGGCCGAGCGGGAGCGGGAAGUCGACCGUGAUGGCUUUGCUCCAGCGGUUUUACGACCCGGUCGCGGGCGAGGUGAAUGUGGUGGAAAAUAGGGAGAAAAAGUCGAUCGAUUUGAAGGACUUGAACCUGAAGUCCUGGCGCGAGAAAAUCGGCUAUGUGGGCCAGGAGCCGGUGCUGUUUAACAUGAGCGCGCGGGAAAACAUUUUGUAUGGGAUUGAGAAAGAGAAGCGAAAAGCGGUGGACCUGGAACUGCUGGCGAAGCAGUGCCAUCUAGACUUCCUUGCGGGGGCUGGUACUAGCGGUACAACGAAAGCAAGUGGGACGAUUGUCACGACGAGGGGAAUUAGUACGUCAUCACCUGCGACUCCCUCGUCCCGGCUGUCCUGGGACGAGAAGCUGGGGCCGAAGGGGUCGAAGAUCUCCGGCGGACAGAAGCAACGUAUCGCGAUCGCUCGCGCGCUCGCCCGAAACCCGUCGGUGCUGCUGUUGGACGAAGCAACGUCGGCACUGGACGCGGUGAGCGAGAAAGAGGUGCAGGCAGCCUUGGAGGAGAUCCAGAAUGGCGCAGCAGGGGGGGCGAACACGAAGUUUCUGACGGUCACCAUUGCGCACCGGUUGAGCACCAUUGCGAACUCGGACAAUAUUCUGGUAAUGUGCGACGGCGCGGUGUUGGAACAGGGUAGCCAUGCGGAGCUAUCAGCGAAGCAAGACGGCCUGUACUACAAACUCGUGCAGACCAGCUCGGCUGCGAUGUAG